AUGGCGGGCGGCAGAUAUGCGUAUCCAUACGGGCCAAGUCCAACCGACGAAAGCCUUAAAUUAAGGGUAUUAAAUGAUGAAAAACAUUCCAUAGUUUUCGAUUAACAUCUGUUUAAUUCUUUUAGAACAGUAAGGGGCUAAAUAGACCUUGCUUGUGGUUGUUUUCUCAGGCAAAGUAUGCUACUGAGUACAAGGCCACUGGAAAAUGGAAGCCUCCUGAACAGUGUAGCGAACUUAUCGUAAGUAAAAGCACUAAUACUUGUCUUUUGAUUUUUCACAACGGAUCUCAAUGAUCACGUUUCUGUCUUGUUGGUAUUGAAGUCCUCCGCUUGAAGGUUUAUAGCCUUCAUGUAGUUAUAGUUUUGUGGGUUGUUGUAUUUUAUUACUAGCCUCAAGCUGACCCUAUACAAUAUUAUGAUUAACAAUUAGUUCAUGCGUCAGCGUGCGUAUGUCGAGAUAUUGAGCACGCGGGAAGUUUGGAGAGCACGAAAGAGGCGUAAGAGUUGCACGAGGCGCAGCCGAGUGCAACUCUAGCCUCUUGAGUGCUCUCCAAACUUCCCAAGUGCUCAAUAACUCGACAUACGCACAGCUGCAGCAUGAACUAAUUGUUUUAUAACAUCAUCAAAGCGAUCAAUGCAUCAGUUAACUUAUAAUUUUAUUAUUGUAGGGUGCGCUCAAAUUGCAAAGCAGUACGCGUCAAUGUUUACGUGACUAUAUAUUUUUUUCCUCACAGUUAAUCUUAUGUUUUUAUCCUGAAACUGAGAGAAAGUGUACUCUAAAAUGAUUAUAAAAUCCAUAUUUAGGUGCCGGAAAACUAUUAAUUUACCGAAAAAUUGUUAUUGAGAGAAAACAAGUUUGCAAAGAAUGAACUCACGCCAUAGCCCGCACAGCUCGCGGAGAUGACAACAACAACAACAACAACACUCACCUCUUUUCCUUACUAUCGGUUAACAAAUUCAAACGUUUCCUCUUAAAUUUCCUUAUAAAACACAUCGUAAACGCUUCCUUGUCUAUUGCUGAGUUAUGGAUGAACUCAGGAGACUCAGGAUUGCUAAGCUCACAACCACUCGAGGAAUUACGAAUAGUUUAUUGACGUCAUCAGCGUGCUCAAUAGGAAUAUGAAGCACGCUCGCGCUAUUGAAUUUGAUUAGGCGAAUUUUCUAGCUAUGUUAUAAUUUUGUUUGGCUCAUGGCUCGUGUACGACGACCUGACUGACGUCAUUAAUAACGUAAUAGCAAAUGGCUAGUAGCAAAAGGAACAGUAGAGGAACAUUAGGAACAGUAGGAACAGACGAACAGUAGGAUCAGAGUAACAGUAGGAAUUAAGUAGGAACAGAGGAACAGUAGGAACAGUAGGAACAGUAGGAACGGAGGAACAGUAGGAACAGUAGGAACGGAGGAACAGUAAGAACAGAGGAACAGUAGAAACAGUAGGAACAGAGGAACAGAGGAACAGUAGGAACAGUAGGAACAGUAGGAACAGUAGGAACAGAGGAACAGUAGGAACAGUAGGAACGGAGGAACAGUAGGAACAGAGGAACAGUAGGAACAGAGGAACAGAGGAACAGAGGAACAGUAGGAACAGAGGAACAGAGGAACAGUAGGAACAGUAGGAACAGUAGGAACAGUAGGAACAGUAGGAAAAGACGAACAGUAGGAACAGAGGAACAGUAGGAACAGUAGGAACAGUAGGAACAGAGGAACAGUAGGAACAGUAGGAACAGAGGAACAGUAAGAACAGUAGGAACAGAGGAACAGUAGGAACGGAGGAACAGUAGGAACAGUAGGAACAGUAGGAACAGUAGGAACGGAGGAACAGUAGGAACAGUAGGAAUUAAGUAGGAAUAAUUAAUAACGUAAUAGCAAAUGGCUAGUAGCAAAAGGAACAGUAGGGGAACAUUAGGAACAGUAGGAUCAGACGAACAGUAGGAUCAGAGUAACAGUAGGAAUUAAGUAGGAACAGAGGAACAGUAGGAACAGUAGGAACAGUAGGAACGGAGGAACAGUAGGAACAGUAGGAACGGAGGAACAGUAAGAACAGAGGAACAGUAGGAACAGUAGGAACAGAGGAACAGUAGGAACAGUAGGAACAGAGGAACAGUAGGAACAGAGGAACAGUAGGAACAGUAGGAACGGAGGAACAGUAGGAACAGAGGAACAGUAGGAACAGAGGAACAGAGGAACAGAGGAACAGUAGGAACAGAGGAACAGAGGAACAGUAGGAACAGUAGGAACAGUAGGAACAGAGGAACAGUAGGAACAGAGGAACAGUAAGAACAGUAGGAACAGAGGAAAAGUAGGAACGGAGGAACAGUAGGAACAGUAGGAACAGUAGGAACAGUAGGAACAGUAGGAACGGAGGAACAGUAGGAACAGUAGGAAUUAAGUAGGAAGAGAGGAACAGUAGGAACAGUAGGAACAGUAGGAACAGUAGGAACAGAGGAACAGUAGGAACAGUAGGAACAGUAGGAACAGAGGAACAGUAGGAACAGUAGGAACAGAGGAACAGUAAGAACAGUAGGAACAGAGGAACAGUAGGAACGGAGGAACAGUAGGAACAGUAGGAACAGUAGGAACAGUAGGAACAGUAGGAACGGAGGAACAGUAGGAACAGUAGGAAUUAAGUAGGAAUAAUUAAUAACGUAAUAGCAAAUGGCUAGUAGCAAAAGGAACAGUAGGGGAACAUUAGGAACAGUAGGAUCAGACGAACAGUAGGAUCAGAGUAACAGUAGGAAUUAAGUAGGAACAGAGGAACAGUAGGAACAGUAGGAACAGUAGGAACCAAUUCAAAGAGAGGUGAAAAGGUGACAAGGUGGAUCUCGAAAGGGUUUAUACCAUUUCAGCGGAAGAAGACUGAUCAGUGGUGAUAAUCGGUACAAUCACGACUUUAAUUUCAGCGAGAACAUGCAAUGCAUCUAUCAAUCUCAAGGGGUAGGGGUUUUAUUGGCAUGGCCUGAAUAUCCACUGUUAGAGUUUUAGCAUAAUUUUUUGGGGAUAUUUGAUCACCUGCACUUGCCCCAGGGUGAUGAACUUUGAUAUUAUGAUAAUGAGCAAUCGUGUUGUCCCGGGAGUGGAACUUUAACAUCUAGGAAAAUGUCAAAAUCACCACCCAUACCCCCUCCUUCUCCCCCCCCCCUCCCCUUGAUAUUGCUUCAAUCCGGGCUUGUAAUUUUAUAUUUAUACAAGGAAAACCCUUGUUUGCUAGAUUUUUUAGCAUAGGUUUGAUAACAUUUUGCACAAACGCUAAUUUUAAUAUUUUUCCAAGUUCAGUUGCAUGUUAAUUAUAGACCCUUACACGGUUUCUGUUUCAUAUUAGUUGGGGCAAACACGGCAAAAAAAAUUACAGGAAAUGUAUGGGAUUUUUAUUAGACUGUACUGUGUUACUAGGAGAAGAUAUUUUGCUAAAACGCGCGACUUAGUUAUAAUUGUUAAUGUUUUACUGUUGGCGAUGCCGGUGUUUAUUUUAUUCAGGGUUGGAUAGCGUGAGAUUAUAAACAUGCUUAUAUCAAGAGUAAAAAUGCACUGCGUGUUAAGACUAAUUCAUAGAGUACAUUCUGAAAAGAGAAUCGAACUAUUCUGAAAUUUAUCUGGAUAAUCAAUAAUACAAGAGAAAUGUCAAAAAUUUCACACUCAUAUUUGAAAUGAAUGCUUUUGAAAUUGGUUCCUUUAUCUAAUAAUGUCCAAGGAUAAUUAUAGCUGCAUAUUUUUGAAGCCAAAUAAAUUAAAGUUUUUGUGCUUCAAUCCUUCAAACAUUUUUGCUUAAAGCGCGCAGCUUGGUUGUGAAAGUUACAUAAUGGCCUUUUUAUGGCUUUUAGUCUUUUUCACGAAGCCGAUAGAAAUCGUAAUGUUUCUUGCUUUUACUUUUUCACUGCGGUAAUAUUUUAGCUUUUAAGUCAUGAACAAAAAGUUAAAUUCUAAAAUCAACUUUGCAAACAUGUCACAAAACCAAGCGAAGGUCGCAACCACCUUAUUUUCAAUCUUGUCACGAAAAGUUUAUCGCGGUCAAAAUAUUUUGAACGUGGGAUAUUGACGUUUUAGUGUGUUUCGGCUGUUAAGACAGCAAAACGUUCUUACACCCAACGAAGCGAAUCUUGUUUGAACACUGGGGAUUUCCCAAAUUUUAAUUGGGGCAUAUAGGACUACAUAGUGUGACGUAUUUUGACCAUUCACACGCAAGCGAAAAUAUUUGAGGGAUUAUAAAGAGAAAUAACGCCGUAUUAAAAUGAUAGUAAUAAGUUUUUAAAUAAUAAGUUUAUUUAAUGCAUCUUAACAAUAAAAAUACAAAAAUAUUUCAUUUCGUUAAAGUUGUACACUUUAAAUCGCGUUUGUUAGCCGCAUUUCCUACUGUUCUUACUGUUUCUCUGAUCUUACUGUUCCUCUGUUCCUUCUGUUCCUCUGUUCCUACUGUUUCUACUGUUCCUCUGUUCCUACUGUUUAUACUCUUCCUCUGUUUCCACUGUUCCUACUGUUCCUCUGUUCCUACUGUUCCUCCGUUCCUACUGUUCCUCUGUUCCUACUCUCCCUACUGUUCCUACUGUUCCUACUGUUCCUACUGUUCCUACUGUUCCUCUGAUCUUACUGUUCCUACUGUUCCUACUGUUCCUACGUUCCUACUGUUCCUACUGUUCCUACUGUUCCUCUGAUCUUACUGCUCCUACUGUUCCUACUGUUCCUCUGAUCCUACUGUUGCUCUGUUCCUACUGUUCCUCUGUUUUCACUGUUCCUACUGUUCCUCUGUUCCUACUGUUGCUCUGUUCCUACUGUUCCUACUGUUCCUACUGUUGUCCGUUCCUACUGUUCCUACUGUUCCUACUGUUCCUACGUUCCUACUGUUCCUACUGUUCCUACUGUUCCUCUGAUCUUACUGCUCCUACUGUUCCUACUGUUCCUACGUUCCUACUGUUCCUACUGUUCCUCCGUUCCUCUGAUCCAACUGUUCCUCUGUUCCUACUGUUCCUCUGUUCCUACUGUUCCUACUGUUCCUACGUUCCUACUGUUCCUACUGUUCCUACUGUUCCGCUGUUCCUACUCUCCCUACUGUUCCUACUGUUCCUACGUUCCUACUGUUCCUACUGUUCCUACUAUUCCUACUGUUCCUCUGUUACUACUGUUCCUCCGUUCGUACCGUUCCUACUGUUCCUCUGUUCCUACUGUUCCUACGUUCCUACUGUUCCUACUGUUCCUACUGUUCCGCUGUUCCUACUCUCCCUACUGUUCCUACUGUUCCUACGUUCCUACUGUUCCUACUGUUCCUACUGUUCCUACUGUUCCUCUGUUACUACUGUUCCUCCGUUCGUACCGUUCCUACUGUUCCUCUGUUCCUACUGUUCCUAAUGUUCCUCUGUUCCUACUGUUUCUCUGUUACUAGUCUCCCUACUGUUCCUACUGUUCCUAUACUGUUCCUCUGUUCCUACUGUUCCUACUGUUCCUACUGUUCCUCUGUUCCUACUGUUCCUCUGUUCCUACUGUUCCUCUGUUCCUACGUUCCUACUGUUCCUACUGUUCCUACUGUUCCUACUGUUCCUACGUUCCUACUGUUCCUACUGUUCCUAAUGUUCCUCUGUUCCUACUGCUCCUACUGUUCCUACUGUUCCUCUGAUCCUACUGUUGCUCUGUUCCUACUGUUGCUCUGUUCCUACUGUACUGUUCCUCUGUUUUCACUGUUCCUACUGUUCCUGUGUUCCUACUGUUCCUACUGUUCCUCCGUUCCUCUGAUCCAACUGUUCCUCUGUUCCUACUUAAUUCCUACUGUUACUCUGAUCCUACUGUUCGUCUGAUCCUACUGUUCCUACUGUUCCCCUACUGUUCCUCUACUGUUCCUUUUGCUGCUAGCCAUUUGCUAUUACGUUAUUAAUGACGUCAGUCAGGUCGUCGUACACGAGCCAUGAGCCUUUUGUUUUCCCUGUUACAAGUCUAGCAAUUAACUUCUUUUAUGAUUAUUAUUUUUUAUUAUUGCAUUUUCCUGUCUAACAAAACAGUAGCUGAAAAAUCGAAUUGUAACAGUACACAAGCCUAGUGAUAGUUGUCCAGUAUUAUCAGGACGUUUACAAGCCGAUAAUUUCGAUAGUCGAUUAAACUUGAUUGUUGUCGAUAAAUGUCGAUACUAAUCAAUCGACAGAUACCAUAAGACAGAUAUCAUAAGACAGAUAUCAUAAGAUUUCGUGUGAUAUCGAUUUCCAUUGAAAUUGGUGUUAGAAUUUGAUUUUAUAUUGGAAACUAUAUUGUUAGGUAAAAACGAUGAGAAGCAACAGUUUCAAUAUCCAUUAGCAAAUUAUUAACAUCCAUUCGAAAAGCCUUGCACCAUUUUUAAAACGGAUGAAGAACUGUCCAUCCUCGGAGACCCAGGGGCAGAGAGUGGGGGCGAGGGAAAGUCUAAAUGGGCGGAAAAAUAUGGCACAAAGAAAAGUAAAGAACGGCAAGAAGAGCCCCUGGGGACAAUGUCUUACCAGACAAGUUCCAAACGGUCGCCGCCGUUCUGAAAUUUGAUUGGGUAGAAAAACACAAAAGUUUUCUGGCACCAAUCAGAAUUCAGAACGGCGGCGACGGUCAACUCGAGGUUUAAAAGGGACACAGCAGUCUUGACUUUUACUUUUCGCUUUGACUUCUCAUUGACCCCUUCCCUCUUAUUUCGCUUUUCUAGCCUCAUUUUUUCUCUCCUGCUGGGCAUUUUGUAGGCUUCAUUUUGGUGGGAAAAGUUUUUAUUUAGUCGUUUUCCUUAUGUAUUUUUUUGCUUUCCUUUGUUUAAUUUAAUCAUUUUCUUGCUAUGUAAAUUGUUGCCCGUCUGUUUGUGCAAUGAAUGAUUAAUAAUGACCUUUAUUAUUAUUAUUAUUAUUAUUAAAGCUUUUAGGUUCUUAGGAUUAGAUGAAAGGAAAGAUAGAUGGGUAGUGGAACAAGAUUUUCAUGCAAAUUUUCUGGUCAAUGUUACAUGAUUUUUAGCCUUUUUCUCCGGUGUCCUUGACUGAAUUGUGCUCAUUCUGGUAUGCAUAAGUAAGCGGACAAAGUUAUCCUAGACCAUUAAAGCUGAUGAUGUCAAAAGAGGGAGAAAGGAGGUGGAUCCACAUGGGCAGUUAUGGGCAGCUCAGGGGCGAAUGGGUUAAUCAAAAGGGAAUUCUUUAAAUUUAAAAGAUAUGCAUUGUUAACAUGUACUACAUAACAAAGAUUUAAAGUAAGUCGUUCAAGCUUUUUGCUGUUUUUUAAUGUAUUCUUUACAGAAAGAUCCAUCCAUUGAAAGAUUUGGUUGGAUUAGAGAGAAUCCAGAUAUUUACUUCAAGUGGAAGCCGCGCACUGUGCGUAAUGGAUUGAUUUUUAUGGUGGCAAUUCCAGGGGCUUUAUUAUACUUUCUUAAAAAGAUGGAGGUGAGCUCACUCGUAGUACUUUUUUCUUCACAUUGCUAAAUUCAAAAUCAAAUUGUCUGGAAUACUGAAGAUUUUAUCCAGCUGAUUUACUGGGUAAUAAGUUUGUGGUUCUGUUGCUUGCUGGCAUGUUCCAUCUUUCUUGUGAUUGGUAACAACAAAAUUAAUAUUCCAGUAAUAUUUCACGUGUUUAUGGUUUUCUGAGUUCGACUGUAAUAUCCUAUGCAAAACAUAUGAAUACUUGACUUUGAGUUUGUGAAUCUGUGGUUCAUUGUGAGAUCCAAAGGUUACAGCCGAAGCCUUGGCCAUGAAAUUCCUUAUUUCUUUAGUUAAGAAAUUUUUUCCUGGUCUCUCUUACUAAAUUCAGGUGCACAUUCAGUGAUAGCUUCCGAUUUUUAAGUAAUAGGGGGACCCAGCCUAAAAAAUAAUCAUUAAUUUGUUUCAGUCACUAAAAACCUGUGGAAGAAUGAUAAUGGCUAUUGCAUUUUCCUGCUAAAAUAAUGCUGGAUCACAUGUGCACUACAUGUACUUAGUAUUAAGAAAACGUUCUUCUCAUAGUCAUUCCUAUCCAGGAAUCUAAGGUCUCUAUUGUGUGAAUGGGUAUCAGUUGAUUAAUGGACCUGAGUCACAAACUUUAUCAAAAUUUAAACAUUGGGAACUACCACAAAACUGAGUGGAAGAUAAAAAAUAUCAUUCCUCUCCCCUAAGCCAACAUUUUGCUCUAAGUGAGAAGUAAGUGAUGUGAAGUAUAUAUGAAAUAAUGUACUGUACUGAGAAGUAAGUGUUAAUGUUGGCUUUAGGGGAGGGGUAGGUAGGCAGUUUCCCAUGAAUGUAUAAUAAUCCAAAAUAUCUGCUCGAAACAUGAAAAGAAAGUGUACAUGUAAAUAACACCACAAAUAUGGCAAUAGCAGGGCUGUCAUUAAGGGUUUUAGUAGCCGGUCCCUAGGAAAAGUAAUGGGUCAUUUAUCUCCCAAAUUCUUCCCUAUGUUUGUAAUGGUUGACUUAUUUAGAAACUUUAAGUAGGUGGUUGAUUUUACUGCAGUAGCCUGCUAAAAAAGUGGCUACUAGCUACUUAUGACAUCCCUGAAUAGUAUGUUUACCUGUAAAUAUUUCUUUUGCCAUUUUGUUUAAGCCUCAUUAUGCUUACUCGACUGAUUCCAACCACAUUUUUGUAAACAAUGUACUGUCUGACUAAAAAUGGUGGUUUGGUUAGACAUAUCAGGAAGAAAAGCUAUAUUUGCAGCUCUGUACAGGUUUAGCUGACGGACUCUAUAUGAAUGUUUUUAGAGUGUCUAUGUUACAAGUCAAAUUUGAUUUCAGGUAGAAAAAUUUUCAACCCAGGUUGAUUAUUUCCUCUGUCUUCUAGGGCUUGGAGACGAAGAAAAUUGCAACCUAUUUUAAAUUAAAAUUAACCUGAAAUCAAAUCUGACCUGUAACAUCUAUACUGAUUAUUAGUUCAUCACCUCACUCCCUUUAUUUUCUCUUCUUAGCAACGCAGGGAUGUCCAACAAGGCAAGCCCCCACGGCCAUUGAUUUAAUACCAGCAAAUGGACUCUCUUACCUGCCUUAAACUGAUUGGAGUGUUGUUAAAUUGUGUUACCUUUUGGUGUAAAUAAAAGUUUAGAAU